AGAAACGCUUCUAGUUUUUUGUAUUAUUGUUCCAGCACGCAAGGAGAGCGGACCUGUGUCGCUUCGUUUGGGAAAUUGUAACAAACGGAUCUCUAGAACGACGAACGACACAGAGACGGCCGUGCUCGUGCAACAUAACACCACCCUCCUCGGUGCCUGCUGCGGCUGUCUGCACACAUACCCUCUGUCCAACUACGGCUCCGGAAAGGGCAACAGCAGCACCACAUUCCCGGUCCCCUAGCUGUGUGGUUGCGUUCUCGCGCGUGUCUGUGUGUGUGUGGUGAAGAAUCAGUGAAACCACAAGUGCAAAAGCAGGCAGCCUGUGUGUGUGUUGAAGAAGUGAGACAAAGAUAGAAACAAACGCCAAGCAAGCAAAGCCGUUCAAGAAGCAGCCUGCUGCUACAACAUUUCCGGAAGUGCGUGCUUGCGUGUGUGUGUGUGCGUGUGCGCGUGUGGUUGUGCAAUAUUGUGUGUUUGUGUGUGAAAGAAAGUUUCCAUUUGUGCGUGCCGCGUGUGUGGCCGCCCAAGUCGCGAAAGGGGAAAACACACAAAGGCAACAAACCCUUUGGCGCGCCCCUCCCUCAUUGCUAUUGUUGUGCUGUGCUUAGAGUGAAAGAGAAAGAGAGCGAAAGAGUGAGAGCGAGUGAGUUUUUCGCGCGUUCCGCAUUGUGUUCCGCGCGUACAUUUUCCGGGGUUUUUCACGGAGUCAUCGCGUAGAAGCGCCGUAACAGCGAGCGCGAGUGUGUGUGUGUGUGUGUGAGCAUCUUCUCCCCCGCCCCCUCCCCUUAACUCAUCUCCACCGGUGCGUGUAAGGCGUGGGAUCGGUGGAAGGCGGCCGCGGGUUAUGCGCAACGGCUGAAUGGCGGCUGUCGGUGGCCCUGCCAGGCAAUCACGGGGGGUCUCCAUGAGUGUCUCGAUGUCGCUGGUACAAGGAGGAGCUGCCGGUGCGCCGCAGGGCGCCAUCCUGGCCGCGGCCGCACCCUACUUCCAGCCGCCGGCCGUCCCGCAGGAUGUCCAGCCGGAUCGGCCAAUCGGUUACGGCGCGUUCGGUGUCGUAUGGUAAGUUGUACGUCUUGAUACAAACAUAAGCUCACUCGGAACGUUUUGGAGAAGGAAGCGAUGCGUCUGUUGGGGUAGAUUAUUGGGCCCAGAGUACAAAGGGACGAAUUCUAGCCUACGCCACACACACAAAACGGCCAAUAAUAAUGAGUCUGGCGUUGAUUAGGAUGCGGAUGAUUCUCUCGUACCAACUCGUGUUUGAGCGAAGAAUCGCAACAGCAUGCCAAUUCCAGAACGUCCCGGAAGAAAUCAAAAUCCAGUACACUACCAGCAACGAGACUAGCAACACUUCCCACUCCCAUCAGCACGGCUCUUACGCUACACGCAAUGAGCGCGAUGGGAUUGUUUUAGGGUAUUCCGUACACGCCAAAGGCAUUGCGAAGGGCUGGCCGCGUACAGGCCCUUACCAACGAGAAGCGAAAACUCGGAUCGAAAACUCCCCCCAACACGGACCAGCCAGCGACGACGAACGAUGACGCGUUUGGUAGGCCUCGCGCGUCCCGUGCGAGCCUUACCGGUAGUAGAACAGCAACCAUUAGAACCAGAGGCCGCGCUAGAACUCGGCCGCCGAUUAUCGGCGUGUCCGUUUUUUAAUGCUUUUUCGGUAAGGGAAGAAGGAAGCAGCAUAAACAUGCAGACACACAUACACACAGAGCGCGUUACAGAGUGUAUUGAACUCGAGCCGCGAGGUGCGGUGUUGCGUUUUUGUAGACUUUUUGUUUCCCUCAAUUCUCCCCCUAUUAUCAUCAUGUUGCCUUCCAAUCGUAUCGGGGUGGAAGUUUCCGUAGACGAAGGGAGAAAGGGACAGGGGAGGAAUGGCCUGUUCAAGUGUGCAGUGGUUCACUGCGCACUUAUGGCGCUGGUUAUGGUUAUGGGGGACGCCCGUCGACAUCGGGCCCGAACUUACCGAUUGCUCUCGUAAGCAAGGAAAGAGAGAGAGAGCGAGAGAGAUCGUGUGAGGGAGCCCCCUGGCAAACCCUGGAAGGAAGGCGGAAAACGGGCCCAACUGCUGCCAAAACUGAAAGGGAGAAUCAAGCCAGAGAGAGCGAGAGAGCGAACAGAUGAACGAAAUAUCUCCAGAGCCAGGAUAAAAUCGAACGUGACUCUCCAUGCACCACCAGCACAACAAAACCCCCCAAAAAAAGGGACGACAACGGUUGAAGAAGGGACAACGAACGUUCUGUUUGCUGCGUGCGCGCGUGUGUGUGUACGCGUACGGUGGAAUGAAGAUUCUCUCCCCUGGCUGACUGACACCGAGGGACAGUGCAGAAGCCUUACAGUGCGCUUUAUGGUGGCAACUACUCGCUGUGAGGAUGCGACGACAGGCAGCGACAGGCACCCUCACAAAAAACCUAAAAAUGUAUUUCCCUUUACCACCAGUCGC